AUGCAGCCCGGCUUAGAGCCGUGGUUUGGCAGCGCUGGCAAGGCGCCAUAUCUUCAAGCUGCCGGAGCGAAGCGGCAAACCGCAGGCCCAGAGCUUUCCCGAAAGCAGCACGUUCCUCGCGAUGGCAUGAUCAUUGCAAGCGUUCUUGCUUGGCUGAGGCAGUCGCCUCGAUGUUCAAAGACCGGACGAAGGAACAGGGGUGGUCCUGAAAGGGCUCCAGGUGGCACAUCUUUGCUGUCGUGCUUGCCGGAGGAUGAAAUCGAUGAAAUCCCUGAAGCCUUUGCAAUCGGAGAUUGGCCGCCCAGUGGAGCCCCAAAACUGACGCUGAACACGGAGACUACAGAGACGGUUCAGCUUGGCCAUUGGAAAAUCAAUUCCGCACUUUUGGAUGUUCUGGAUGUGGCUCAUAGGGCCGCAAAGGACAUGGGCCACCUUUGCAUAUCUGAAGAGGCAACCGUGCUUGGUCUCUUCUCCAGCCACAUCGCCCCUGCCCUGUGCGGCAGCACCACCGUAGCGAUGGCCAGAUGCCUGGCCGAGCUGUCGCUGCGGCGGGUGCCGCGACGUCGGGAAGUCUUCACCUCGCCGUGUCUGCGGCUGCGGGAGCAUCAGCUGCCACUGGGGCAAUGUUCCCAGGAAGCCGUGAUGGAGGCAGCUCAGUGGCAACAGAUGCUGGGCCAUGAGCCUGCCGUUUUGGCCCCCGAACACCUGGCAUUGGCACUGCUUUCGGAGUAUGGCACAAAUGGCUACCGGAAGAACGGAGGUGUCAUGAUACGGAUUUUGCAGUCACUGCAAGUGAGACUUGUCGAUGUUCGUGUCGCUGUCCUUGAUGUUUUGCCUGGCCCAGCAGCGGCAAGCUAUGUUGAGUCCGAAAGGAUGAGAUCGAAAAGUGCCAAGAUGUUAACAGAACCUGGGAGAACCGUUCAGCCGUCUUUCAGGCAGAGUGACUGGCCGAAACUCCUAUCUGAUGCCUUGAAGAGCUUGACUGCAGGGCUGACCGAGCGAAAAAAUGAGGCCAAACUCCUGUUGUUGGCUGCAGUUGCGGGUGAACACGUUCUGUUGAUCGGACCGCCAGGGACAGGAAAAUCCCUGUUGGCACGGAGGCUGGCAGCACUUUGCCAGGGCAAGUGCUUCGAGCACCUCAUGACGUCAUUCACCACUCCUGAGGAGAUCUUGGGUCCCAUCUCACUGCUGGCUCUGCAAGAGGAUAAAGUGCUGCGAAAGGCGAAGAACUACUUGCCUGAGGCAGACGUGGCAUUCCUGGACGAAGUCUUUAAGGCCAGCCCAGGCGUCCUCAACUCCCUGGUGUCAGUUCUAAAUGAGAGGGUGGUGGACAAUGGCAGUGAGCGGUGUAAGAUUCCGCUGUGGUGCUUGGUUGGAGCCUCGAAUGAAUUGCCAGACACACCCGUCAUGGAUGCCUUGUACGAUCGCUUCCUGCUUCGGAGUCACGUCUCCUACAUCUCUGACACUGGCCUUCGUGGUUUUUUGGCACAGGAACUCACUGACACAUCUUCCGUCCAAGCAGGUCAAGACGGUCAGGACGGUCAGGACAACGACUUCACUUCAUUUACUUCAUUCGAUUGCAAAGAUUGCCAGGAAGCCUGCCGGGCAGCCCAGCAGGUGGCAGUUCCUUCCCGUCUACUUCGCAUGGUUGGUGCCCUUCGGCGUCACCUGGAAGAGGCUCAGCCAAAAAAACUCAUCUCAGAUCGGAGCUUGGCAAAGGCCAUGCGACUGUUACAAGUCGCAGCCUUCACCAUGGGAGCCCAGGAGGUCUCGGAGAUCGACCUGCUGCUGUUGAGGCACAUUUUCGAGGGCUCAGGUCAACAUGGAGCAGAUGGAUCGAUGGUGGUGAAGUGGUUGCUGGAACACUGCUUUUCCAGACACGAAGAAGACGUACUUCGCACCGUGCAGCGUGGUUUGCGACAAAUUCAGGCCAAAGCUAAAGGAGCGAAAAGCCGCGCAAAGAGGAUUUUGCUGCAGAAACUGCAGAUGAUCCAUCGGGUGGUCGAAGAGCAGGUUGGGCUAUGGCAUCGAGCAGAGGCUUCCAUCCAUUAUCGCCUGCGGAUUGCUGGGCUCAAGUCGAAGGAGGCUGGCUUUAGCUGGCUGGAGCCCGGAGAUGUGCAGAAGAUGGCAGACAAGCUCUUACCGCAGGUGAGACAGGUCAUUGGCUUUUGCGAGUCUCUGCGGUCCCAAGUGAUGCUCUACUUUGGGCUCUUGGAAGCAGACGAAUCUGCAGCCUCGCUGCCAUCAAACACGCUUGGAUAUGAGGUGGACGAGCAAGCCUUGCUUGAAGUGCCGGGCAUCGGCAGGGUGCUGGCACAACUCUUACUGAGCCGCUUUGGGAGCCUGGAGGCUGUGCUGGAAGCCGCCGAGACCGAUGCGACCGAGCUCACCUCGAUUCCAGGCAUUGGCCCCCGGCGCUUGCAACAGAUCCGGGCUCAUGCGAAGGCUCAGACGAGUGCGGAAAGAAGGGAGCAUAGCAGUGGAGAAAAAGGGGACAUGCCGCAUACCUGUCAGUUUUUGAGCGGUUUCACAUGUUUUGGACCAAAACUGCUCGAAUUCAUCGCCACAAUGAUCACAAGUCACCAUUGUUCCCCAAGGCGCUUCUUGCAAGCUCGGUGUCGGAAGUGA